GAGUAUAACUAACCACAGAAGUGCAGCUGUCUGCUUGAAGAACCUGAACUUCACUUAUAUCAAAUAGGGUUGGGAUUUUAUUUUUGUUCUAGUACUAAAUGUGCUAUGUAAAUAUGAGGCUGACUCCAUGAAGGCUCGACAAACACAUGAAGAGGUCUGCUACUGAGUGUUUGAAAAGGCACCAGGCCUGAGAAAUCCGUGUUUUAAUUUGUUACUUGUCUUCCUCACCACUAAGACAUGGUGCUCUGGGUUGUCUUCCCAAUCUCCCUCUCCCUGGUGUCCUUCAUUGGAACAUGGACUGUAUAUGGCCUAGCCUUCUCCAACAAUCAUGUGUGCUCCCUCAGUGACUGGGUGGGUGACAACUACUGCAGAGGGAAUCAGUCCACUGGAUGCUGCUUUGCUCCCACCAUAAGCUCAAGUGGAACCAAUGCACCAGAAAAUUCACUUUUUACAGCCACAAUCAAUGCUGGAUCCUUUCUGUUUCUGCUCUUCUGCAUAUUCCACCAUGCCCAUGUUAUGGAGAAACAUGCAUGUCAUUCCAUGCUAAGCAAGUCUGCACUGGUCUUUGGUGUGGUGGCAGCCAUGGGGGCAUUUGCAGCUGGAAACUGCAAUCCAGGUUACCUGCCCCUCCCUCACUACCUCGGAGCUGCCAUCAGCUUCAUGUGUGUCUGCUUCUACACCAUCCUUCUCACUGCGCUGACCGGGAAGUGUGCGCUGACAGGAUAUGAAAAGGUUCUCUACCCAGUACGCAUCACCUCCACUGUGAUUCAAAUCAUUGUCACCAUCUGCUAUACUGUUUUGUUUGCCCAAAAUGAGUACUUUUACAUUCACCUGUCUGCUAUAUUUGAGUGGAUGCUCAGUGUCAACUUGGAGUUGUUUGAGCUCAGCUACAUUGUGGAGUUUUGCUUCUUCUCGUCCUACAUGCUUUCCAAUCUGUUGAGCAAACGAGAGGAAGAAAAGCCUUUGAUGAUGACAUUGUCCUGAUAUAAAGCUGCCAGGGUCCAGCUGAAGCACAGAGGCAGCGAGGGUGGACUUAAUAAGACAUGACGUGAACAAGACAAUAGCUGGACCGUGGCUGGAGGAUCAAUAUUUCUUUUCACCACUCUGAAACUGUUCUAUUUUCUUUACUGGGCAUUUCUCUUCCUCAGGUAAAAUAUUCUUUAUUUAUUGAAACAAACCACCUUGAACAACAAAUGAACAAAAUCUAUCAGCUGUAUUUUACAUUUACUUUUGUGAUAUUGACGCUGUGCCACAGAACAAUUAACCGGAGGUGUCAUACUUAAAUACACCUUAUUUCCAGUG